AUGCGGGCCCUUGGACUAUUGUCCAUAUUAAUAUGGACGAUAGCAAUCUCAAAUGGGUAUCCGCUGGCCGGAGAGGUCGCUCACGAAGACGAGGAGAUCGCAAUUCCCUACAAUGAGGAAGCCUCCGGAACCGUCCCCACAUUUGAGGAGGAACUCGAGAUUGUCGAAAAUAUUAUAAUAGCUCCUAGCCGCCCUCAAGAAGUACGGCUCCAUGAUCCCCCGUCAAGCGCCCCAAAAACCCUGAUCUCCUCCCGGGUCUCCGAACGGCUAUUUGCA